UCGUCGAGUUUGUUAUGAGAAUACUUUUAAGGUCCAUUUUAGGAUAUGUUCACUCAUAAUACUGUUUGAAAUUGGCACAAAACGUGUUUGGUGAUUAAUAGACCAUAGGGAAUUCCCAAAGUCACAUGAUAGCCGCCAUUUUAGCUCUGAAAAGUGAAAAUCUCAAAAUAUCCAAUAGUUCCCGAUUUUCUCAGUCUUGAGGCUAAAAUAAAUAUUCGCCAUGGCUCUUAGCGAUGCAGAUGUACAGAAACAGAUCAAGCAUAUGAUGGCCUUCAUAGACCAAGAGGCCAAUGAAAAAGCUGAGGAGAUUGAUGCAAAGGCAGAGGAAGAGUUCAAUAUUGAAAAGGGACGUCUAGUGCAACAACAGAGGGUCAAAAUUAUGGAGUAUUAUGAGAAAAAAGAGAAACAAGUAGAACUUCAGAAGAAAAUUCAGAAUUCCAACCUGCUGAACCAAGCUAGGCUGAAAGUUCUAAAGGCUAGAGAAGACCAUAUCAAGGCCCUACUUGAUGAUGCCACACAGAGACUUGGGACAAUCACAAAGGAGCCUGCUAAGUACAAGGAACUGCUAGUGGGACUCAUAGCUCAGGGACUCUACCAGAUGUUGGAACCAGCUGUAGUGAUCAGAUGUAGGAAGCAGGAUGCAGAGCUAGUCAAGGAAGCUCUUCAGGUUGCUGUGAACAAAUACAAAGAAGCAACCAAGAAGGAUGUCAAAGCAGCUGUAGAUGCUGUGACAUACCUUCCUGCUGACAUAGCUGGUGGAGUAGAACUACUGACUCCUAAUAAACGUAUCAAAGUUGAAAAUACUCUAGAGAGCAGACUAGCCCUAAUGAGUGAACAGAGAACACCAAUUAUACGCCAAGAACUAUUUGGUAGCAACGCUAAUAGAAAAUUUGACAACUAGGUAAUUUCUAAGAAAGCAGCUUCCAGUAUUUAGAAUAGACACAUGUGAUAGGCCAGGCAGGGAAAUGUCUUCAUAUACAAUGGCCGAUAAGUAAUAAUGAAACAUUAAAAUAGAGAUACCUUUCUCAAGCUAGUGAACACAUCUUCGUAGAUUGAUCAUGAUGCUCUGUAAUCUGUAUGGUUAUUUUAUGGUGUUAUUUAUUCUGCAAUGAUGUGUCUACAAUAGUUGGCAUCAGUGAAAAACAGGAACCAGGAAGUUGGUAAAAAUGCCAUUUUGGUGCAAAAACAUGGAAUUGCCAUACAGCUGUAUUUAUGUUAAGCAUGAGUAAGCCAAAAUUUUCUGAACCUUACAUUAGUUACCUUACUACAAACAUUUUAUGACUUAAUUCCUGAAUACUGAACAUGCACAUUUUCUUUCUCUCAAACUAUAUUCAAUAAUGACCUAAUCAAAGCACAAAACCACACCAAUGAAAUGUUUUUUAUUUAUUCAUGAUAUUAUGAAAUCAUUAAUUGUUAGAAUAUCACUCAUACCUGUAUAUUCCACAAAGUUGUACCUCAGAAUAUACAGAAAUACUUGUAUUUGCGCACUUCUCAGAACUUGCUAUUUCUGGACACUGAUUUGCAAACUGAAGGUUAAUAAGAGUUCCAAAUAAAGUAUGAUCGUACAUACUAAUGUUUAUUAUCAUGUGAAGCAUUCCAAAGUUCAACAUUCUAUGUUAGCAGACUUUUGUGAAUCAUAGAAUGUUUGUAUGCCAAUUGUAGCACAGUCCUUUGCAUAGCCCCUAGUUCAAAUUGUCGCAUUCCUUCAUUGGUGUGGUUGUCAUGGAACUAUAUUCUUGUAUUUUACAUUAUUGGAGCUAUGCAAAUGACUGACCAAGAAUGUAUAUCGUAGGCAGAAACACGUAGCUGUAUAAUGUGAAUAAUCUCACAUGUUAUCAUUGUGUAAAAUGUGCAAUAUGUAUAUGUUGUUAUGUGAAUAAACAGAUAUGAAAUGUAGAUAAACAAUAAAGACAUUGUCUUGUUUGAUUGAAGUGUUUAUAUGGAGUGAGAAACUGUUUUUUUUAUUUUAAGCAGUCAUGAGUCUUCUGAAUGGAGGGC